UCGUAUUAUACUGGAAAUAACAGAUGAAGAUAAAUAACAUUUCUUUAUAAAAUAAGGUCUUCUCCCUUUAUUUUUUAUAAAUAUGAGACAGAAAAAUCUGAACCAGUUUCUUUAAGAUUUAGAAAAGUGACUAACUAAUCCAGAACCUUUAUUUUUUUCGAGAUCGAACGUGAUUUGUAAACUUCGUUUUAGUUUUUAAAGUUUACCUGUUCAAAAAAGAAAACAAUAGCCGUCUCCACAUAAUAACUUAACACAUGACAUUGAUGGUAUCAGUAACGAUACACAAAAACAACUAGUUGAAUAAAAAACUAAUAUUUAUUUAAUAAAUUCGUUUAAAAAUUAUCUUAUCAACCACUCGGUAGUUAUAAUACAAAAAUAUGGCCAUAUCAAAUAUCAAUAGGCCUAAGUGAAGACGCGGACCUCUAAAAACAGCAUCUUAUCAAAAUUCUAUAAAUAUCAAACGGAGACUUGUCUUGACUCCCGAAGCCCCGACUUGUUGUUUUGAACUUUACGUUGUGCAGUAGACUACGCGGACACAGGUUAUCAUUUCUAUUUAUUACGAGAAAACCCGAGCCGCAUACUAGACGGAAGUCUGCACUCAAGCGUAACGUACUCUUACGCAUUUUAAAAAUGUCUCCAAAUAAGUUCCAAUAUAUAAUUUACGCGUUAUUAAUAUACGAAGAAAUGUUCGACGUGGCGGCACUCAGUCCGACAGAUAAAUGCAAGAGUUCAUUGUCAAUUAUCGUGUUCCAAAUAUGCGCUGGCGAAGUGUUCAGUUUUCGUGAUAUGAAAUCGAGUGGGACUCCAGUGCGAGGGAAGAGAGCGUCCAUGUUUCUCACUGAGGAGAGAACAGAAAAAUUGGUCCAACAGUGUUGCGUAAAGCCGUGUCCUAUUAGUGAACUUUUAGAAUAUUGCCCGGAGAAUUGGUGAUGGAUUUAAAAAGAAUUUAACUUGAAUUUAUGUGUUGGACGAGCGAAUUUGAAACGUCGCUCCGCCUGUGUACUUACUGGAGACUUGAUGCUUAUAGGAGUGCCUAUUUAAAGACUAGAAACAUGUAAUGAGAUCUCGUUUUGUAACCUCAUUAGUCUAAAAUAUUCCUUUUGGGAAUCUACAAGGUGGAGGGUGUCAAGUGGAAUUUAUGUUGAUAUUGCGUAUUCAAUUGUGAUCUUUGUGCUGAACGUAGCAGAACUGAAAUCUUGUUAGUUGUAUAUAAGCCUGGCUCAUGGCUGCCAGUCGGCCAGGCUACCCCUGUAAUUUCCGUCCAUUUAGCGGCCGAAGAUAGUCAACCAAUCACUCGGAGCCAUUUCGUGGGCCGUCAAUUUUCAUUCUCUACUAGCAUCGGAUAUUGUUGCUUGUUCGUUUUGUCUUAUUUAAAUUGUGUAUAUAUCCAAAGAUGAUUAGUGAUUGUAUUAAAAUUUGUUUGAAUUGAAAUAUGUUUUUCUUAUUUGUUCGUUUACAUUUAUUAUAUAAAAGUAUUAAAGACAGUAUUAAAGACUACGUACCAAUAAUUUAUAAUUACAUUGUUACUAUUUACUUGUCUAAAAGAUAUUGUAGAUAAAGUAUUUUCUUAAGCUAAUUAAAGAAAAAUAUAAUACUACAUAGUAUAUAUAUAUAUAUAUAUAUAUAUAAAUUUUAAUUCACAUUCAGUAACUGACUUUGACUAAAACCCUUUAAACUAAUUCUAU